CGUCUGUUUACGAAAAGUCACGGGAACAGCAUGGAGCGAAAGGUACCUAAGCGAAAAAUGUCAUUUCGUGCCGCCAACAGGGGGAAACAGGCAGACUUCACAGGGAGCCAGCUGCGAUCCUCACUAUGUAACCUGUCACGUUCGGUUGAUUGAUAUUCUGACGCCUGCUGACAUUUGCGGCUCGGAUAACGUGUUAAGGAGCUUCUAGUGUUUUUUUGUGUGUGCAGCGGGACUUGUAAACGCGCGUACAGGGAGUGUUUCUGACUCUGAAUGAUCACCCACACCGACUUAAAACAAUGGCGAGGCGUAAAAGGCGCAACCUAGUAAAUUGUUGCGCUUAAAAAAAAUCCCCAGCCUGGACUGGACUUACACAGACCCAUCUCCCCACCACCACCACCACCACCCGGCUGCUUCUGCGAUACAACAGGGAAACACAACGCUUAAAAAAAGGAAAAAAGAAGAGGGAGAAGAAGAAGAAGGCAGCCGGAACGACAUGGAAAGCCCGACCGAGAACCCUACCAGGGCUGCGGAAUAUUUGAAGGAGCUUAACAAGAUCAUCGAGACCCAGCAGGAGUUGCUGGAGAGGCAGAGGGGAAGGAUAGAGGAGCUGGAGCAGCAAGUGUCCGACUUGUGCGCGGAGAACGUCUGCCUGAAGGAGCAGUACCAGCGGCACCUGGCAACCUGCAGGCUGCUGCAGGGCAGCAACAGCCUGGCCACACUGGGAGCCAUAAAGGAACAUAUCACACAGGAAAAGUCUGAAUGUGACACCCCCAGAAUGGUCAGGAGACAUGCCUCCCUACCUGUCGAAGUCACAGAGAAUCCUGGGAGGUUAGUGUCUGCGGGCUGCAGAAGAGUCAUCCCCUGCCGCAAGUGGAAGUCAGCUUCCUUUGGUGUGGAAGGGGAUGGGCGGUCCAGUGAGAGUGGCCCUUCCCUGGAUGGUGGAGCCAGCUACGGCCAGGGCCCGGUGACUCACGGCUCGGCCAUCAGCCCCGACCGAUUUGACAGUCCGCUUUACAGCCACGGGGUCCAGCCCGGGCCUCAGAGGCCCCGUCGGCCCAAGCUUCAGCACUCACAGUCCAUCCUCCGGAAGCAGGCUGAGGAGGAGGCCAUCAAGCGGUCUCGCUCGCUCUCCGAGAGCUAUGAGCUCUCUGCCGACCUCCAGGACAAACAGGUGGAGAUGCUGGAGCGUAAAUAUGGUGGACGAUUCAUAACCCGGCAUGCGGCCCGCACCAUUCAGACAGCCUUCCGCCAGUAUCAGAUGAACAAGAACUUUGAACGUCUCAGGAGCUCUAUGUCUGAGAACCGUAUGUCCAGACGCAUUGUUCUCUCCAACAUGAGGAUGCAGCUCUCUUUUGAGGGCCCUGAGAAAGUGCACAGCUCCUAUUUCGAGGGGAGGCAGGUGUCCAUGACGGAGGAUGGCACCCCGCUGGCCAUGGUGCAGUCUGAAUGUGGAGAUAUAGAGGUACACCAACAGGCCAACAUGGCAUCUCACCCGCCUCCGCAGAGCGACCUAACAGAUGCCAUCACAGAGCUAGAGGACGCCUUUUCCAGGCAGGUCAAAUCUCUGGCCGAGUCAAUAGAUGACGCACUGAACUGUCGCAGCCUUCAGGGGGACGAGGGCCCUGAUCCAGAGGCCAUGGGCUGCUCCGAGGUGGAAAGGGAAGUGCCCUAUCAGGUGAAGUCCCACCGCAGGGCAGCAGGGCGGAUGCACGAUGAAACGCUGGCAUCAUAUAGUGAUGUUACUCUGUUCAUCGACGAGGAGGACAUGUCACCCUCUAUCGCUCUGUCAAGGUCAGGGGACCAACCUUCCAGCACAGAAUCAGACUUGAGGUUGCGGUCAGUCAACUCCUCUCAGGACUACUGGCCUAUUGACCCUAAAGAUGAGGGUCGUGACACAGACACAAGCUGCCGCAGCACUCCCUCUCUGGAGUGCCAAGAGCAGCGUCUUAGAAUGGACCACCUUCCUUUGUUGACCAUUGAACCUCCUAGUGACAGCUCCGCAGAGCUCAGCGACCGGUCUGAACGAAGCUCUGUCAAACGGCCACCUGUGUACGAACCGCACGGCCACAUUGUAACGUCAUCCCAGGCGAGCCCUAAACACAUUUCCCACGGGCCCCCGCCACGAGCUCCCUCCCGCGACGACGACGCACCCCUGCGCCAUCGCCACCGCCAGCUGGAAAGCCACCUAGCCAUCAACGGCUCGGCCAACAGGCAGAGCAAGUCGGAGUCUGACUUCUCUGACGGGGACAACGACAGCAUCAACAGCACGUCCAACUCCAACGACACCAUCAACUGCAGCUCCGAGUCCUCGUCGAGAGACAGCCUACGAGAGCAGACGCUCAGCAAGCAGACUUACCACAAAGAGACUCGCAACAGCUGGGAUUCGCCUAUCUUCAGUAAUGAUGUUAUUCGCAAGAGACACUACCGCAUCGGCCUGAAUCUCUUCAACAAGAAGCCAGAGAAAGGCAUCCAGUACCUGACAGAGAGGGGAUUCAUCCCUGACACACCGGUAGGGGUGGCUCACUUCCUGCUGCAGAGGAAGGGGCUGAGCAGGCAGAUGAUUGGAGAAUUCCUCGGCAAUCGACAGAAACAGUUCAACAGAGAUGUCUUAGACUGUGUGGUAGAUGAAAUGGACUUCCAGGGCAUGGAGCUGGACGAGGCCCUCAGGAAAUUUCAGAACCACAUCCGUGUCCAGGGUGAGGCCCAGAAGGUGGAGCGACUCAUUGAAGCUUUCAGCCAGCGCUACUGCAUCUGUAAUCCCACAGUGGUGCGGCAGUUUAGGAACCCUGACACCAUCUUCAUCCUGGCCUUUGCCAUCAUCCUCCUCAACACUGACAUGUACAGCCCCAACGUCAAGCCUGAGAGGAAGAUGAAGCUGGAGGACUUUAUCAAGAAUUUAAGAGGUGUGGACGAUGGAGAGGACAUCCCCAGGGAGACUCUGGUUGGUAUCUAUGAGAGGAUCCGUAAGCGAGAGCUCAAGACCAAUGAAGAUCACGUCUCACAGGUGCAGAAGGUUGAGAAGCUCAUUGUGGGAAAGAAACCAAUUGGAUCACUCCAUCAUGGCCUCGGAUGUGUGCUGUCGCUGCCCCAUCGUCGGCUGGUAUGUUACUGCCGCCUGUUUGAAGUACCGGAUCCCAACAAGCUCCAGAAGCUGGGCCUGCAUCAGCGGGAGAUCUUCCUGUUCAAUGACCUCCUAGUGGUAACCAAGAUUUUCCAGAAAAAGAAGAACUCAGUGACGUACAGCUUCAGACAGUCCUUCUCUCUGUAUGGGAUGCAAGUCAUGCUGUUUGAAAAUCAGUAUUAUCCAAAUGGAAUCAGACUUACAUCAGCGAUACCAGGUGCGGACAUCAAAGUCCUCAUCAACUUUAACGCGCCCAACCCCCAGGACCGCAAGAAGUUCACAGAUGACCUGCGAGAGUCCAUCGCUGAGGUCCAGGAAAUGGAGAAAUACAGAAUAGAGUCUGAGCUGGAGAAGCAGAAGGGGGUGGUGAGGCCCAGCAUGUCACAGAGCUCCGGUCUGAAGAAGGAGGCCGGCAACGGGAACAUGAAUCGCGCCAGUCUGGACGACACCUAUGCCAUGGGAGAGGGCCUGAAGAGGAGCGCCCUCAGCAGCUCCCUGCGAGACCUCUCCGAAGCAGGCAAGCGGGGGCGUCGCAGCAGUGCAGGAUCACUAGACAGCAAUAUGGAAGGGUCCAUCAUUAGCAGUCCGCACACACGCCGGAGAGCCACCACGCCACGUGAGGGCGCGCCCCGCGGCCAUCCCUCCAUCCCUAACUCCGCAUCGACUUCCAUCCUCGGGUCGCUCUUUGGCAGCAAGCGAGGCAAACCGCCAUCCCAGAGCCACCCCUCUUACACUCAAACCGGUCACCCCACCCUCAUAUCCCACAAGCCCCACCCGACCAACCUACACCACACGGCACAGGUGGUGCACGCAGUGCAGACCCAACUCCAAGGUCACCACCCACAGUACUGCCCACAGAACCCGCCGCCUUACCACCACCACCACCACUACCACCCCCCUCCCCACACGCAGUACCACCAGCACCCGGCUUACGCCUCGCAUGCACACCAACACGCCCACUCGCAGCACAGCCAUUACAGCCAGCAUUCCCAUCACACCUCGCACUCCCAGCACGCCGCUCACCACCACAGUCAGCAAGCGGGUUCGGCACCUGGUGGGCCCAAACCCAAACACAGUGGCAUCAGCACCGUAGUGUGAUGCUCCUAAACACAGAGAGGAGAAGCGUGAAGGGAACUUAAUGAAGGAGGGACAAUUGCUUACACCAAAGGGACUGACAGCAUAACUCUAUGGCCUGUCCACUGUGUUUUACUGCUGCUGUGAUGGAAACCAGUCACACGCAGUCACCUUUUUCACCUCCAGGUCCAACUAAUAUGCAGGAUGGAAAUCGGACUCAAAUCUUCCACUAGGGGCCUUUACUAGUCUGCCUGAUCAUGGGCUCAGCCCUGUCAGGGUUUUGUGGGGGGAGGGGAUAGUUCUGUACAGGAAGAUGCUCUUUGUUUUUCACACACACAAACACACACACACACACACACACACACACAUACACCGCCCGGCCGUGACGGCUGACGAGAAAAUGUGUUUUUCUCACCAAGUCGCUCCCCACUUGCUUCAUCAUUCCCUCAAUAGCCUGUCUUACCUUCACAUAAUCAGGAGGGAAGACGACCUGAGACCGAGAACAUGGCUGACUGUUUUCUCUGUCACAGUGAUGGCAUAAUUUCUUGUGCACAGGAAGUCAACUUUCAACUAUUUGGUUUGCAGAUCCUACCAUCAUAUGAAUGCUAUUUGUCGUUGCCUCCCGUAGAGCUCAUAUGUAGUGAAGAACCUAGGUAUAAUCAUUUCACACUAACUUAAAUCAAAGGACAGGUAAACAACUGAGUCGACCAUCUCAGUCAUAGUAGUUCUAGUGCUGUAUUUACUGUAGAUGACAGCUAUAUGUGUUGUCUCCUAGCUCUCAUAAAUAAAUGUGCCAAUUAUUAAUGCAUAAUCUAUUUAGUCAAGACUUCAUGUACAGUAUAUUGUGCGUAAAGUAAUUUGUAAGAUUAUACUUACAAUUAUUAUUAUCAGCAAAAAUUUUAUCAGUAUUAUACUGACUCUGUGGUAACGGGAUGUAGAUCUGCAAGGAGUGAACUCCCAUUCAGUCCAGCCUAUAUAAUCUAUUUUAGAAUUUUUUGCCUUUCAAAUGGAUCAGAGGGAGCUUCUGGAUGGCAGCUGUUGCAUAUGGGCUUCAAAAUGCUGUGCUGUCACAGCUGAGGCAUCAGAGCAGACUUCCUGUCAGCUUUCACAAAUGAUAAACUGGGCUGAUUGCUUGUUUUGAUCUCAGUUUACUUCUCGCACUGUGGCUGCUUAAACUGUAAAAAGUCAUGAAGAUCAAGAGUGAAGGGACAUUUUGAAUACACUCAGAGGCUCAGUUCGUGUUACAAAUGGACCCAAAGAACGUGUUGAACAUGUUAAGUCUGUCACCUUUAACAUAUACAACAGCUGCUCUCUUGACUCUUAAAAAUCAAAAACAGAAAUCCUUUUCAAAUCUUCUUUUGCCUUGUUUAGUAUAUUUUUUUCAUUCAUCAGCAAAGUUUGGUGAGUGAAUAAAAUCAGUUCCUACAUAGUAAGUAUUUUUUUCAUCUUUUUUCUAUCGUGUGCAAUAUCUUUGUACUGAUUUUGUACAUUAAGAACAAGCAAGGUAUCCCUCCAAUUUGUGCGUUUUUCAUGUUGCGUCAUUAUUUAUUUAUAUUUCUCUUUUUUUGGUUUUGUUUUUGUUUUUGACCCCUGUCAGAGUCUUUAGGUAAAUUAAUGUGUGGCUGUCCUCGUGGUCUUAUGAGAGGUACAGACUUGGAGUUCAGUGGAAUGUCUAGUGAGUGAUUUUUUUGCAUGUAAUGUUAUUGAUGUGAGGCUAUCCUCUGCACAUUGUAUAACAAAUCAGUGUUACCAUAGCAAGUUUAAGUGCAAUCAUGUUCAGAAAAUGCAGACUUGUACUGAGAGUGGAAGUAAGUCUGCUAUCUUGUUGUCCAGGACGAGAUUCAGGUGAAAAAAAAUAAAUCUUUUUUUCAUUUAAGAAUAUAUAAAUACUUACUUAUACAGUUCACAGUGGAAAGAGGAAUGUGUGUAUAUAUUUUAAUAAAAAGGAAUAUGCUUCUCUUUGGGCUGAACAGAAAUAUUUUGCUGGAUAAGCACAUAUGAAAGAACACUUUCAUUUUUUCAGGAAUUGCAGUUAUAAUACAAAAUGCAAACUGAACAAAAGAACUGGGUAUAUGUAAAGAAUAACUUUCUACAUUCUACAAAUAAGAGUCUAUUCUAGUGUGUAAAUUAGUGACAGUAAUCUGUUUGUCCCAAUAUUCAGGUUGUAAAUGUAUUUUAACAUUCACAAAGAAAACCAUUGCCAUAAGUCAGGCUUAUUCUCACAUAUUUCUCCUCAUAUGAAUUAAUGAAGACAGUUCGGACAGCAGACAUAUCACAUAUGGGACAUUAAUGAUCAGUUGAAUGUGUCUUUCCAUUGAUUCCAUAUUUUUGCUAGAACUCUGAAAACUUGGGACGACGAAAACCGAGAAACCUGUUUAUUUUUAGUGUUUGCUGUAGUGCUUCAAAUGUCUACAAGUCAUUCUUUGUGAGAAUGUCCCCCAACAAUGCACUGCAUGGAUCUGAUGCAUCAUGUGUCCUAUUCACUGUGAGCUGAUGGAGGAAAAAAAAAUCAGCGUAUAAAUUAUGACUCCUGCUUUGGUUUUUGACUAAUUUGGAAUUUCCUGAUGUUGACAUGUUCUUGUUAUUAGUUAGGUAGUUAUUGGAAGCUCAGCAUGCAUUUCAUCAACAAAGCCAUUGUGUAAAUUACAAACAUUAAAAAAACAUUGCACUUCCGUUGCUGAGGGCUUUCAUCAUGUAAAUAUGGGGAUUUUGAUGUGCAAACUGAUGAACUGCAUGGCAGGAGGGUUUGUCUUUAUGAAGCUGUAAAGGGACCAACACGGGGGUUAAAGGAGCUGUACAUAAUGUGUAUAUGAUCAGUAGUCUAUUCUGAUAUCUGCAGUCAAGAUCAGGAUGUAUAUACAUCACCUCAUAGAUGGAUGUGAGGGGUGAUAUAUGAACAUAUCGAUUGUCUCAGCCUCCAGCUGUCGUGAACUGACAUUUGCUGUAGAAAUUUAAAAAAACAGACUGUUAGAAAGUUUGCUGCCAUUUACAUCCAGCUCUUUUCAUACAUGCAACCCCCACUACACAUACAUACAACUGUACACACGGACAAACGUACACACAUCCUGCUGCAAGCUGUUCAGUGUGGCGUGAGACACAUUUUUAAAAAAAAAAAGGAAAAGACAAGAAUGGCCUCAUUUAUAUGUGCAUUCUGUUUGUACAGUGAGUAGUGAGUCAGUAAGACCCCAGUUAUUGUAAAACUUCAACUGUGACAAUGUUGAGAACGCAAAAUAAACGACUAUAUGACUUAUGGUA